AUGGUGACGGGCUCGGCGCGGGGCUCCCGCAGCCGGGACCGAGCCGCGCCGGCCCCCUGCCCGUCGGCGGGCGGGCGGCGCGGCGGGGCGGCGGCGGCGGCGGUGCUGGCGGGGCUGUGCGUCCUCUGCUACGGCAACUCCCUGCGGGGCGAGUUCGUGCACGACGACGUCUGGGCCAUCGUGAACAACCCCGACGUGCGGGCGGCCGCCCCCGUGUCCGCCGCCUUCGCCAACGACUUCUGGGGCAAGCGCAUGGCCGAGAACACCAGCCACAAGUCCUACCGGCCCCUCUGCGUCCUCACCUUCAAGUUAAACAUAUUGCUGGCUGGCAUGAACCCCGUGUAUUUCCACGCAGUGAAUGUAAUUUUACACUGUCUGGUGACUCUUGUGCUGAUGUACACUUGUGACAAAGCUGUGUUCAAGGACUGUCGCCUUGCUUUUGUCACGGCGCUCUUCUUUGCUGUGCACCCCAUUCACACCGAGGCUGUAACAGGUAUAGUAGGCAGAGCAGACGUCCUCGCCUGUCUACUCUUUCUGUUGGCUUUUCUCUCCUAUAAUAGGAGUGUGGAUCAGCUUUAUGUUGGGGAACAUUUCCCUCCCACUGCCUCCCCAUUCUUUUUGCUGCUUAGUUUAUUCCUUGGGACGUGUGCAAUGCUGGUGAAAGAAACUGGAGUCACUGUGUUUGGUGUGUGCUUGGUUUAUGACUUCUUUUCCCUCUCCUACAAUGGACUCAAAUUGAGGAACGGGGGCAUUCCCCAGAGGCCCGUGCCCGCUCCGUGGGGCUCGCCGCCGUCCGGCCGGGAGAACGGGAAGCAGCAGCAGCAGCAGCAGCAGCGCUGUGCCCAGCGUGGCACCUGGAGCUCCUGCCACCCGCCCGUGCCCCGGGAGCAGCCCAGCCUGCCCGUGCCCAGCAGGGCCAUCUGGGCCAUCCGCAGCUACCUGACUGCAAAUAACAACCAGAAUUUCUUGUAUACUGCAAGGCCUUUUUUGAAGAGAGCUGCUUUGGUGAUAAGCUAUGUGAUGCUUGUGCUGUAUUUCCGCCUCUGGAUAAUGGGAGGUUCCAUGCCAAUGUUUUCAGAGCAGGACAAUCCAGCCUCAUUCUCACCAUAUUUACUGACAAGAUUUUUAACCUACUCCUACCUUCUGGCCUUCAAUGCAUGGCUGCUGCUGGCACCGAUCACCCUGUGCUACGACUGGCAGGUCGGCAGCAUCCCUUUGGUGGAGUCCAUCUGGGACGUCAGGAACUUGGCCACGGUGUUCCUGCUGCUGGUGAUGACAUUGCUCAGCCUACACUGCGUUGCUGCAUUCAAGAAACUGGAACACAAAGAAGUUUUGGUUGGCUUGUUGUUCCUGGUUUUCCCAUUCAUCCCAGCCAGCAACCUCUUCUUCAGGGUGGGAUUUGUGGUGGCAGAGCGAGUCCUUUACAUGCCGAGUAUGGGGUACUGCAUCCUUUUUGUCCACGGUCUAAAAAAGCUGUCUACGUGGCUAAAUAAAUGGAGAAUUACUGUUCCGACCCUCUUUGCUUUGCUGCUGCUGCUCUUCUCUUGGAAGACCGUGAAACAGAAUGAAAUCUGGCUGUCACGAGAAUCCCUUUUCAGCUCAGGAGUGAAGACCCUGCCCCACAACGCCAAGGUGCACUACAACUAUGCCAAUUUUCUGAAAGACCAGGGCCGUAACGUUGAAGCAAUCUACCACUACAAAACUGCUCUCAAGCUGUACCCUCGUCACGCAAGUGCUCUCAACAACCUGGGGACGUUGACCAAAGACGUGGUGGAGGCCAAGGACUAUUACAGACGGGCCCUGCAGCUCAACCCCCAGCACAACCGAGCUCUCUUCAACCUCGGCAACCUGCUCAAGUCCCAAGGGAAGAAGGAGGAAGCUGUAAUCUUGCUGCGGGACUCCAUUAAGUACGGCCCGGAGUUCGCAGAUGCUUACUCAAGCCUGGCCUCGCUCUUGGCUGAGCAGGAACGGCUCAAGGAGGCUGAGGAGGUCUAUAAGGCUGGCAUAGAGAAUUGUCCAGAGAGCUCCGACCUGCACAACAACUACGGUGUUUUUCUGGUUGAUACCGGGUCUCCUGAGAGAGCCAUGUCCCACUACAGGCAGGCCAUCCUCCUCAGCCCUGCUCACCAUGUGGCCAUGGUGAACCUGGGCAGGCUUCACCGCUCCCUGGGGCAGAACAAAGAGGCUGAAGUGUGGUACAAGAGGGCACUGAAGGUAUCCAGGAAGGCGGAGAUCCUGUCCCCGCUGGGGGCCCUGUAUUACAACACGGGGCGCUACGAGGAGGCGCUGCAGGUCUACCGGGAGGCGGCGGCGCUGCAGCCUUCCAGCAAGGACACCCGACUGGCGCUGGCUCAGGUUCUGGCAAUGAUGGGGCGGACGAAGGAAGCCGAGAAGAUGACGAACCACAUCCUUCAUGAGGAUGCAGAGUGCCUGGAGUGCUACCGCCUCCUGUCAGCCAUCUACAGCAAGCAGGAGCUCUAUGCCAAGGCACUUGAAGCUAUAGAAAAAGCGCUUCAGCUAAAACCAAAGGAUCCAAAAGUCAUAUCAGAGCUCUUUUUCACUAAAGGAAACCAGCUAAGAGAACAGAAUCUCCUUGACAAGGCUUUCGAGAGCUAUAAACGGGCUGUGGAGCUCAACCCAGACCAAGCACAGGCCUGGAUGAAUAUGGGAGGCAUCGAGCACAUCAAGGGGAGCUACAUCACUGCCCGUGACUACUACGAGAAAGCCUUGCAGCUGGUUCCAAACAGCAAGCUGCUGAAGGAGAAUCUGGCCAAACUGGAUCGCUUGGAGAAACGGUUUCAAGAAGUCCAGGAGAAAGACCAAACAUAGCAAUCAGUCACCAGCAGGAGGACACUCGUGCCCCUUGGAGAAGAGUGUGGUGGAAGCCUGUUGCUCAAAGUGAUGCUGAAGGAGCUUUGAUAGGACUCAGAAUUAUGGAAGGCAAACUUCGAACGCAUGCUUAGGUUCAAUCAAAGUUACAGGAUCCUGUGGGAUCAUGGGAUCCUUGGGUGCUGUGGGAUAUGCUGGAGCAUGAAUGAAAACCUUCCUUUAAUCAAGAUUUACGUCUAGGCUGAACCCGUUCUAGUCACACCGGGAGUGUGGGUGGGACAUGUACCUUCAGUAUCUUGGUUGUCACCAGGGAAACCAUGGAGACAAAGCACUCAUCCAUUGCAGCAGGGGUGAAGGAGCACCUCCUGUUCCUCCACACACAGGCUCACCUCAUCCAUGUAGAGCACCACUGAUGGGCUUCAUUGCAAGUGCUGCAGACAGGAAAGAUGGUCAUACAGGUCACAUAAAAAAGGUUCCAAGGGGUUAAUGCUGAGGAAAUGGUGGUUGCUUUUACAGCUCUAAAUGGGACUUGAAAAUUAUUCAAAAGAAAGGGGAAACUAUUUAAAUAUCACCCUGGAAGGAUGAUUCUACAAGUAGGACAGAUGAUCCUUUGAGGGAAAACCUAGCCUGAAUGUUUUAUUCAUUAGACAAUAAUUUUGUAGUAAUUCAGGUUCAUGAUGUCACUUUUGUCAAAUAUCAUAUGGCUUUACCCUUUGCCCUCUCCCUCCAGGCCAAAUAAUUAUUACUCUGAAAAACACUGAAGCAUCCAAAGGCAAUGGGAAGCUCUAGGAUUACUUGUCCUCCUGCUCAGUCCCCAGUAUGGAAAACAAACAACCUAUCUAAUCAAUAUAAGAGGUAAAGUAAAGCCACAGGGAGAUUAGGGAACAUUUCCUAGCCUGGAAAGGUACGAAGGAGGCUCUUUUAUGGGUGUGCAGGGACAAAGCCCAUUUAUCAUGGUGAUAACACUGACAAAAUACUUGGCCAAAGUGUUCUCACCACUCCCCUAAGAGAUACAGAAAAUGACCUAUAGCUGAUCAGUCAUAAAUCUAUAUUUUUAAAUACUGAUGUGGGAAAACAGAUUCUCUUCAGAACUGAGGCUUUUAUUUUUGAGCUUUAUUUAUUUAACUUAUAAUAAUCAAAUAAUUAAUAUAUUUUCUCUGUUUUAUAUGAAUUGGGCAAUAUCCCUCACAGCUGGCCACACAGUUGGGCAUUGUGACUCAUAUUGUCUGAAGUUAUGAAAAGGGAGUAUCAGUGAGGCGUGCUGGAAUAAUUCCCUCUCAUGAUUCUAAGUGGCUGCAGAACACUUUGGACCACACUGGCCCUGCAAUAGCAGCACUUCUGCUGCUUCCACCAGGGUUUGCACCAGUUCCCAGGGAGCAUUAGUGGGAUCUGCUUCCUGCCUUUGGGUUUGGACACCAGGGUCAGUCACCCGUUGUUCCUCUU